AUGUCAAACUCAACAUCCACUCCUCCUGACCCUUCGGAUACUACUGCAGCCCUUCGUCCGGACGAUAUCGAUCAACAAGAACUUGCGAACUUUGAUAUGAAUCACGAUGAUCCUGAUCCUCAGCAAAUGCUGUUAUCUUCAGUGGAUAACUUACACGUUCCUGCUGCCAUUCCAGCAGCCUCUUCAACCCCAUUCCGACAGCCAGCUGUAUACUUGCAGCAGAGUCGACCAGAUACACAUACCACCCCAUUGAACAAGCGAAAAAAUGCCAAUGAUACUAAUGAGUCAGAAGAAAAUGGACGUAAUAAUUACAGAUACCAUAAGAAGGUAUACAUUCCUACUGAUAAGCAAUCGAAUGGAGCUAAUAAUGCUCAAAAUAUACGUGAAAAUCAAAGUACCACAACGAGCAACAAUUAUGAUCAAUUUAAUAGACAGCAGCAACAACUACAAAACAAUUCACCUCUGCAGCGCAGAUAUCCCUUUCAGCCGCGUCAGACUUAUUACCCAACCUAUCAGAAUAAUUACAGUGGAAAUAAUAUGCGAUAUCAACAGAGAAAUUAUGAGCCGAAUAAUUAUCGUUCACAGAAUAAUGAGAAUAAUGAGAUAACUCGUCAAGCAGAACGGUUUGCAGAAACCCGGUAUCCUUUUUCACCAUAUGUACUUCACUUUACAAGCACUGUAAAUGAGAAAGAAGUGAUUAAACAAUUAGUGAAGCAUAUGAAGGAUACAGAUAAUUUUGAUCUACAAAUUGCCGCAUACCGUAAAUCUCAAGUGAAUUGCCCUGAUAAUGAAUACAAUAUUUUAUUAUUUGUGGCAACUACGGAAUCAUUUGCUUAUUUACUCAAUGCAGAUAAAGGGCUACCUCAACUUGAUAACAAGACAUAUCAAUUAAAAACCCCGUCAAUUCCGCCGCAACUAUCUGCGGUCAUUCAAAAUGUUGGCUUCGAUAUCGAUAUUGAUGAAUUUAGUGAAAAUGUAAAAGAAUUAUAUCCAGAAAUUGUCAAUUUAGUUCGAUUAAAAAAUCGUACACAACGCGAUUUAAAACUAGUAAAAGCCGAAUUUAAUUCAGUGACUGCUCGCAAUGCAGUAUUACAAGCCAAGGAUAUGACAGUGAAUUAUAUGCGAUUUCAAGUAGUAGAAUAUCUAGCACUGGCUCGUGUCCUAGUCUGUUCUCG